UUUCAUCCUUUUAUAUAUUAGACCACUUUAUAUGUAACACAUUAGGAUUUUCAGACAUCUCGUCCCUGUUCCAAAAAUGACAGACUUGGUUCCACCACCAUUCAAAAGCAAGCUUCACGGAAAGGUGGCAAUAGUCACCGGCGGUGCCAGCGGCAUCGGCGAGGCCACGGCGCGCCACUUCAUCAACCACGGUGCACGCGCUGUAGUCAUCGCCGAUGUCCUAGACGAAAAGGGUAGAAACGUCGCCGUAUCAAUCUGUUCCGACCGUUGCGCUUACAUCCACUGCGAUGUAUCGGAUGAGGACCAGGUAAAGUCCUUGGUGGAGUUGACCGUAUCAAAGUACGGUCGACUCGACAUCAUGUUCAGCAAUGCCGGAAUUCCUAGCUCCGACGGACAAACCGUCUUGGACAUGGACAUGUCGAAGUUGGACAAGGUUUACGCCAUCAACGCUCGUGGAAUGGCGGCGUGUGUGAAGCACGCGGCGCGAGCGAUGAAAGAGGGAGGAGUUAGGGGGCGCAUAAUAUGCACGGCGAGCGUGUUGGCCACGAGGGGGUUUUGGGCCAGCACUGAUUACGUGAUGGCUAAACAUGCGGUGGUCGGGCUAGUAAGGUCGGCGAGUUUGCAGCUCGCCGGCGAUGGGAUUAGAGUGAACAGCGUGUCGCCGGGAAUGGUAGGGACACCGUUGACGAUGAUGAGGUGGGGAUUGAAAGAUGAGGAGGAAAUGGAGAAGAUGGUGGAGAAGUUCUCAAUGUUGAAAGGGAUGCUGAGGGAGAAGCAUGUGGCUGAUGCGGUAACGUUUUUGGCUUCGGAUGAGUCAGAGUUUGUGACUGGGCUUGAUUUGGCUGUGGACGGUGGGUUCAUUGCUAGACAACCAUGAUAUGUACGGCUUUUUUUUUUUUCUUUUUUGAUGACGAUAUGUAUAAUGUUUUUGGUAACAAUGUUAAAAAGCAUAUUUUUAAA